GUGCUGAGUCGAGACACCGAUCCUCGGCCAGAUCUGAGUUCGCUGUAUGCGUCGGACUCAGCCCUAUAUCCGGCUCCGAGUCAACGCGCGAGGCCAGGGCAAAGGGGCGAGCGACGACAGGACGCCACCGAGUCGAGGAGACGAACCCCCGAUGGCGAGAUGGCAAUCGCCCAGACCUCCCGCGGUGCUCGAUCCACUCUUCUCUCCGAUAAAACAGUGAGAAGGGCUGAAGCAGGUGUGCCAAAAAUGGUUGAAGAAGUUGCUCCCUUUCGAUCAACAGGGUUCACUGACCCUGGCUGGGAACAUGGUGUUGCUCAAGAUGAGAAAAGGAAAAAAGUGAAGUGCAAUUAUUGUGGAAAGAUAGUUAGUGGAGGAAUAUAUAGAUUGAAGCAACACUUGGCUAGAAUAUCUGGCGAAGUUACAUACUGUAAAAAGGCUCCAGAAGAAGUCUUCAUGAAAAUGAAAGAAAAUCUUGAAGGAUAUAGAUCUAACAGAAAACGACACUUAGAAGAUGAAGAGCAAUCUUUUGAUCUGCACUCAAAUCAUGAUGAUGAAGAGGAGGAAGAACUUGACUAUAAGCAGAAGGGAAGGGAAGCUAGAAUUGCCAGAAAUUUAGUUACAAGUAUAACGCCUCUUAGGUCAUUAGGAUAUAUAGAUCCUGGAUGGGAACAUGGUGUUGCUCAAGAUGAGAAGAAAAAGAAGGUAAAAUGCAAUUAUUGUGAAAAAAUAGUUAGUGGUGGAAUAAACCGAUUUAAACAACAUUUAGCUAGAAUUCCUGGGGAAGUUGCAUCCUGCAAGAUGGCUCCAGAGGAAGUGUAUCUUAAGAUGAAAGAGAACAUGAAAUGGCAUCGUACUGGAAGGAGACGAAGGCCUGAGACCAAGGAAGUUGCAGCCCUCUAUAUGCAUCCAGAAAAUGAGGAUGAGAAUGAGCAUGCAAACGACAUGAUCAAAUCAAUACGUACAGUUGAUGAUCAUGAUGUUUCUACCAGUAAAACCAUACGCAAAAGAUCCAGGGGGAGAUCACCAGGAAAUGGUGCAAGGGGUGCAGAAAUGCAGUUGAAACAGAUUGCCUUAGAUUCUGUGCUUUCAAACACACAAAAAAUUCGUUUCCCACUUUCCUACAAGCUAUUAAAACAAAAAAGAAGAUCCAUUAGAAGAAGUCGUAAAGAAGUUCUUUCUGCAAUCUGCAGAUUUUUUUACUAUGCUGCAAUACCUUUCAAUGCAGCAGACUCUCCGUACUUCCACAAGAUGCUGGAUUUAGUUAGUCAAUAUGGACAUGGAUUUAAGAGCCCUACAAGCAGAUUAAUUUCAGGUCGGUCACUCCAGGAUGAAGUUCAAACUACCAAAGAAUAUUUUGUAGAAAUUAAAGCUUCUUGGGCUACAACUGGUUGCAGUAUUUUGGCAGAUAGCUGGAGGGAUGUGCAGGGAAAAACAAUAAUCAAUUUCCUGGUAUCUUGCCCGAGAGGAACAUACUUUAUAUCUUCUGUUGAUGCUUCUGAUGUGGUAAAGGAUGCAACAUGUCUUUUCAAGUUAAUAGACAAAGUUGUAGAGGAAGUAGGCGAGAGGAAUGUGGUGCAGGUAAUUACAGAAAACACUGCAUGCUAUAAAGCUGCUGGGAAGCUGCUAGAGGAGAAGAGAAGAAGUCUAUUCUGGACGCCUUGUGCUGCUUAUUGCAUUGAUCAAAUUCUGGAGGAUUUCACAGAGAUAAAAUGGGUCAAAGAAUGCCUUGAAAAAGGCCAAAAGAUUACCAGGUUCAUUUACAACCACAUUUGGUUGCUAAAUCUUAUGAAAAAGGAAUUUACAGCUGGUAAAGAAAUUCUUAAACCAGCUAUUACAAGGUUUUUAACUAGUUUUCUUACUUUGCGAUGCCUGCAAGACCAUCGGUCUGCUCUCAAAAGGAUGUUCCACUCUAGUAGGUGGAUGUCUUCCCAAUUAGCCAAAUCAGACGAGGGAAAGGAAGUUGAAAAAAUCAUCUUUAACUCGACGUUUUGGAAGAAGACACAUUAUGUGAAUAAGUCUGUGGAUCCAGUCGUCCAAAUGCUUACAGUAGUUGGGAGUAACUGUACCUUGUCCAUGCCAUCAAUCUAUAAUGGCAUAUACAGUGCUAAGCUUGCAAUGAAAGCUGUCCAUGCUGACAGUGAACAAAAGUAUGGCCCAUUUUGGAGUGUUUUAGAUAACCAUUGGAAUUCUGUAUUUCACCAUCCCCUCUACGUUGCAGCAUACUUCCUUAAUCCAUCAUAUCGCUACCGACCAGAUUUCAUGGCGAUUCCAGAGGUCAUUCGUGGUUUAAAUGAGUGCAUCACUCGACUGGAACCAGAUACUGGAAGAAGAAUUUCAGCUGCAGCACAGAUUUCUGAUUUUGUUUAUGCAAAAGCUGAUUUUGGAACUGAGCUGGCGUUAAGCACAAGAAUAGACUUGGAUCCAGCUGCAUGGUGGCAACAACAUGGAAUAAACUGCCUUGAGCUGCAACGAGUUGCGGUUCGCAUAUUAAGCCAGUCGUGCACAUCCUUUGGUUGCAAACCCAAUUGGAGCACAUUUGAUCAUACUCAUGCUACGAGGCACAGCCGUUUAGCUCAGAAAAGAUUGAAUGAUUUUGCCUACGUCCACUACAACUUGCGUCUUAGGGAGCGGGAGAGGCAACUAAAGAGAAUAACUGAUGAAUCAAUAUCUUUUGACAAUGUCUUUUUGGAGAGAUUGUUAGAUAAUUGGAUCGUGAGCAUUGAUCAACCAGCUUUGCUAGACGAUGAGGAGGCUCUCUACCAUAACACGGAGCAAGCAGAGUCCUAUGGGAUUGAAAUCAAUGAGAAUGAGGAAUUCAACAGAGGGUCCAAGAAGACUUCCACAGAUAUAGCAUUGCCUGAACUAUUGGAGACAUCAGGUGCUCAUCCUGCUGGAGUGGGUGCCGCGACCGAUGAAGACGACACUGAUCUUGAUUUCCUCGAUGAUGAUUUGGAUGAUUAGUUCUUGUAACUGGCUUCAUUGUGAGAAUUGUGAUUUGAUUAGAUGAACUUUAGAUAACCAACAUGAAAUGAAUCUUGAUUGUUCUGGAUAACUAAACAAGUGAGUCCAUUAAUGUAGUUUCAUCUUGUAAUAUAUGAAUUGAAUGUAAGCAUAUCACAACAGAGUUUGAAAAUGAAAGACUCAGUGUCAUUAA